AUGGCAGAAGCUAAAGGUACUGUUCAUUUUAAUCGUUUUAUUGAUGUUAGUGAAGAGCCAGGCAAACUCCUUCAACCUAUCGAAGGUUAUCAGUCCCUCGAAUUGGUUUCACUUGAAGAAGCCAUCGAACCUAUUGUUAAGUUUUGUCCUGAUGUACGUAGACGAGCUUACAUUGCUAAAGGUAAUUGUGAUCCACCGAAAGAUGGUCUAACACAGGAUGAAUCGGCAUCGAUCUUUCUCUAUACCAUGGAAUGGGCACCACGUGAUCAAUGCCUUUACGUGGUAUUGAAUUCGAUUUUAAGAUCUAAAAAUCGUAAUAGACUAAUUACACCGUGGCUAUUAUUUAUGAAACUCCUAUUGACAGCACUUUUCAACUUACGUUCUUGUGGUAUGACCGUAUGGAGAGGUGUUCGUCUUGAUUUAAGAAAAGAAUACGUCGUAGGAAAAACAUAUACGUGGUGGGGAUUUUCAAGUUGCACUGAAUCAUUGCAUGUUCUUGAAUCAGAAUCAUUUCUUGGUCAAGAAGAAAAACGUACAAUGUUUAGCAUUGAAUGCUUUAAUGGAAAAAAGAUUCGUCCACAUUCUUCAUUAGAAGAAGAAGAUGAAAUACUGCUUUUACCUGGCAGUCAAUUUAUCGUCAAAAGUCAUUUGCAACCGUCGAAGAAAGAUCCUGAUUUGAUUAUCAUUCAUCUCCAACAAGUUGUGCCUCCCUUCGUUUUAUUGGAAGAACCCUCGAUAUCCAAAAAAGACAAUCUGUCAGAUCUCGAUAAGCAAACGAAAGUCAAACUAACUAUUACUUCAACUGAACCGAAACCUCAACAUUUGAAAAGCGAUUCAAAACUAUCAACCAAACCCAUACCGAAGCCAGUGGAUGAAGAAAAGAAAUAUCAAAUAAAAUCAGAUAUACGAAAAGUAGUACUGCGAAUGGCUCAUGACGGUGUGUCAUCACUACAAAUUGCUAAACUACGAAAAGUGGUCAGUGAGCGAACAGUCAGACGAUGGCAACAUUUGUAUAGAAGCACCGAUACAAUUGAUUUGAAAACACCUGCUGAUAGACCCAGAAUUAUACUAACAAAACGUUUUAUUCGAAAAGUCAAGAAUAGGUUUAUUUACAAAGGUCCACAAAGUGCAAGGAAAUUAGCUAAUUCACUUGGUAUUUCGAAGGAGACAAUUGGUCGCAUUAUUCAUGAGGAUUUUCAUUUACAUGUUUACCGUGUGACAAUUGAGUCAAAUCUAAAUGAUGAACAUAAACAACGAAGAGAAUCAUUUACAUAUUGGGCACGAAAGUUUUUUUAG